UGUAAGAAACGGGAGGAAAACACAGUAAGCGGGUAGCUAUGGAGAUAGAACGUUUCGCUAGCCGUUUCCUUUGACAGGUGUUGAGUUGCUUCAAAGUCUUCAAACAGAGUCCACCAUGUACGCCAAAGGGAAAGGAGCUGUUGUCCCAUCUGAUAGUCAAGCCAGAGAGAAAUUAGCUUUAUACGUGUAUGAAUACUUGCUUCAUGUGGGGGCCCAGAAAUCAGCACAGACAUUCCUGUCUGAGAUCCGAUGGGAGAAGAAUAUUACACUAGGGGAGCCCCCUGGAUUCCUGCAUUCAUGGUGGUGUGUAUUCUGGGAUUUGUACUGUGCCGCUCCAGACCGCCGUGAGACCUGCGAGCACUCCAGUGAGGCCAAGGCCUUCCAUGACUAUAGUGCAGCAGCAGCCCCCAGCCCUGUAAUGGGCAAUAUGCCCCCCAAUGACGGCAUGCCCGGUGGACCCAUGCCUCCUGGCUUCUUUCAGGGGCCUCCCGGCUCGCAGCCGUCACCACACGCACAGCCUCCCCCACACAAUACCAGCAACCCAAUGAUGGGACCACACGGCCAGCCUUUCAUGUCUCCACGGUACCCUGGUGGACCACGGCCGACUCUUCGCAUGCCAAAUCAGCCUCCUGUAGGAGUUCCAGGGCCACAACCACUCCUGCCAAACAGUUUGGACCCAACCAGACCACAAGGACAUCCUAACAUGGGCGGCCCAAUGAGAAUGAAUCCUCCCAGGGGGAUGGGCGGCAUGGGCCCUCAGAACUAUGGGGGUAUGAGGCCUCCUCCUAACUCUCUAGGUGGUCAAGGCAUGCCCGGAAUGAACAUGGGUCCUGGAGGACGCGGCCCCUGGCCAAACCCAAACGCUAACUCGAUAGCAUACUCUUCCUCGUCUCCCGGCAACUAUGUAGGUCCCCCAGGAGGAGGUGGGCCACCAGGAACUCCUAUAAUGCCAAGCCCAGGAGACUCCACAAACUCCAGUGAAAACAUCUACACAAUGAUGAACCCUAUCGGACCUGGAGGCAACAGACCGAAUUUCCCCAUGGGUCCUGGUCCUGAUGGCCCAAUGGGCGGGAUGGGUGGCAUGGAACCCCACCAUAUGAACGGAUCGUUAGGAUCUGGUGAUAUGGAUGGGUUGCCAAAGAACUCCCCCAACAAUAUGGCAGGCAUGAACAACCCACCGGGCACACCGCGGGAUGACGGAGAGAUGGGGGGCAACUUCCUCAACCCAUUUCAAAGUGAAAGUUAUUCUCCCAACAUGACGAUGAGUGUGUGAUUUUUCGUAUUUUUUAUUUUGGGUUUACUUUUUUGUUUUGUUUUCAAACCCCUUUGAUCCCUGUUCCUUUUUUAACCCCAAACCCUUCACAUCUAUCAAUCCUGGCACCCUCUGCCCACGGACCUCUGGCUUUGCCACACAGCCCUCUGGGAUACACCCUGAGCACCGGACUCGUAUAAAGGUGGCCCAUCCCAUCCUGUGCAAAAUGGCAGCCGGCAACAGGAAACAGCCUCAGAGACACAGGAAGAGCUUGUUGACUGAUUCUCCCUGCCUCCCGGACUUUCUCCAUGGCUCAGGACAUUGAUGGGGCUGAACACACACGGACAGGUGUGUGUAAGUGCAGUGUCAACCGAGCAGGCAGUGUGUCAUCAGGCUGCUCACAUCUUUGUGAACUCACUCCACUUUUUAAUUGUUUUUUAUUUUUUUUAAUCUUCGUUGGAUGCAGCAGUUUUACAGUGGAAAAUAUCUGCACCCGAUACUUUUAUCCUCCAUUUUAUUGUGUACAUUUGAAAUGCAAUUGGAAACUCAUGAUAAUGGGUUUGGCAAAGGAUGUUUUCAUUAUUCUGUAUAUGUAUUGUAUUAUCGAUUGUUGUUUUUGUUUUUUUUGUAAUGAUGGUUAUUGAUUAGGUUUUAAUUGUUUUGGAAGGGGCACAUCGUAUGUAAACCAUGCAUUCAAAAUAAGCACACUCACCCAUAAUGCACAAACAGUUCAUGACUUUGCAGUAAGUCUAUGCUAUGUUUUGUGUUUGCUGUGAAAUCUUACCUCCUGCAGAUUUAGGUCUUAUUGCCAUACCUUUCAGAAUACAUCUCUAGAAUACAGCUGUAUAAGGAGCAGUCACCAGAGACGUAGUUGUAUUGUGACUCAGCUCAGAGAGCAUCUUAAAUUUAUAAGGGGCCAUUCACACCGAACACACUUUUUUUUGUAUUUUGUCAGUGCUGGUUUUCAUGUAAACAUGCACUAGAUGGACGUCUUUGACCAUGGAACGGCAUCCCGCUUCUCUGCAUUCUUUAGCUGUGGUAUCAAGUUUAAAGAAUUGUAACUUUUGAAAACGUGUCUCAAGACUGUUCUGUUUGUUUUACUGUCUAGUUUUUCACCGUAAAAAAUACUUUCCAUCAGAUAUUUUGUAUGUUAACAUGUGCUGAACAGACAACUUUGACCAUUGCGCUGUGUCUCGCUGUUUUUCAGCGACUCGCACAUGAGCACCGCAUUCUUUAGACGUGGUGUCGAGUUUAAAAAAUGCAUCUUUAGACACCUGCGUUCUGUUCUAUUCGUUGCGCUGUUUAGCUUUUUUAGCACAAGAAUGCUUUGUGUCCAUCUACGUUGUUUUUAAUUUAUUUUUCUGUGUAAAUGUGCACUAGACGGACAUCUUUUACCGUUGUGCCACAUCUUGCAUUAGAGCACCACUUUUCUUAGUCAUGUUUAAAAGAACUUAAACCUUAUAAAACGGGUAUUCAAAAAUAAUACUUCUGCUGUACGGAUAAAAAAGCCUUUAGAUUAAUUGACUACAGCAGAAGUAUUAUUUUCUAAUGCGAGAUGUGGCACAAAGGUAAAAGAUGUCCGUCUAGUGCAUGUUUACAUAGUAAACUACGAUCAGAAAAACAGUGCAGAUGGACACAAAGCAUUCUUGCACUAAAAAGGCAGAAUGAAUAGAACAGUAUAUGGGUGUCUCGAGACGUGUUUCUAAAAGUUGAAGUUCUUUAAAUCUGAAGGAUGUAACUUUUUCUGCUUAAAAUAAUUUCUUGAAAACAUUAAAAAAUAACAAAAAAAAAGUACAAAAUGAGUAACUGCACUCUGAUGCAUUUUGGCCAAUGGAGCCAUCUGAUUUUAUACUUUUUUUAUUGUUAGUGUGAAGAACCAAUUAAAAUAAAAGCUUUUUAAUUGCAAGUAGCGCUCCAAAAUCGCUUCUUUAAAAACGCGUCUUGAGACAUAUGUGUUCUGUUCUGUUCAUUGCGCUGUCUAGCAUUUCUUAUAGCAAGAAUGCUUUGCACCCAUCUGCAAUGUCUUAAAUGAUUUUGCUUUGUAAACAUACUAAGCAGACAUCUUUGGUCAUUAUGCCGCAUCUUGCUGGUUUUUCAGCGUCUCGCACAGGGGCACUGCAUUCUUUAGACUCUGUGUCACAUUUAAAGAACUUUAACUUUAAAAACAUCUCGAAACACAUGCAUUCUGUUCUUUUUAGUGCAAGAAUGCUUUAUAAUUUUGCUAUGUAAACAUGCGGUCUGGCUGGGUUUUUUUUUUUUAGUGUCUCACGCAAGAGCGCCAUGUUUUUAAUACACUGUCAAGUCAAAAGACAUUUGAGUUCUGUCCAAAUCGUUGUGCUGUGUUAGGCUUUUUUUUUGUCUUCUUUUUUCUUCUUUUUUUUUUUCACAAGAUCACGUUCGGUCUGAACAGCCUCUAAGGCAAGGAAAUCGAGUCAUCAGACAGAAACCAGCAAUGAAUAUGACCACACAAUAUUUAAAACAUCAAGUUUUAUUCUGGACUAAAAUCUCAAGUUAUUUGUAGAGAGAUAGUGAUAUCCUCUGAAAACCGCUAUUCUAUCUUGGUACAAAGUGGUUAUACAUAGUGCUAAACUCAACUAAAAGACUAUGGAUGAGAGACAACUUCUCAUACAGAAUCACAUCAGGACAUAUAGUAAUUUUCACCUUAUUUAUUUGAUUUCUUUUUAGUUCAUUAAUAGAUUUUUCGUGCACAUGUCUUGCAUGCAACCCCUCUGGACAUACUGUACACAUGUAAAUAUGCCUGUCUAAGAUACCUCCUAAAGGUUUUUAUGGUUCUGUCCCUGCCCUCUGACUUCACUGGCAACCCUCGUGCUCGUUUCCCCCUUAUGCUUGUUUCUAAACUUGUUGACAUUUGGAACAGGCAUCUAGACAUGUGAUGUUUCAGUACUGAUGAGGUUCCUAUUGACUGGGUGCUCCCCAUUGGAAAACUACAAACGUAGGAAUAGAAUUGACUCUUCAAACACAUUUAGUUAAUUAUAGUUUUAAAGGUACUAUCUGUGUUCCAUAUUAAGGAUUGUUUAUAUAUGUUUUUUUAAGUUAAAGAGAGGUUGUUUUGUUCUCCUCAAAAACAGCUAUAAGUACACCAUAAUGCCAGCAUAUAUCUACUAGCCUAUGAACAGAAAAUAGGGUCUAGUGUUAAUGCACAGGAUGAUCAGUUUCUGGCUCACAACGCUCAUUUUAAAACCACAGCGUGUCAUUUCUGCACCACUAGUGACACCAAAUGGAAUUGCAAUCUGCAUGUUUGAGUGACCUGAUGUAGAAACAUAAGCUGGGGCAAACUGUCUGUUUGUCCAAACAAUGGAAGACUGAGAGUGUGAUAAAUAAAUGUGUUAAAGUUAGUAUUUUGGUAACUUUGCAGAACUUACACACUGCAGUUUUCAAAUGUAAGUGCUUGGACAUUGCCUCAUAUUAUCAGCUCAUGCAAAUUCAAUUGAAAUGACUUAGGUCUUCCAUGUCUUUGGGGUUUAAUAAUUGUGUAUUUUCAAAAUGUGUUUUUGGAAAUUAUCUGUGGGUCUCAGUGUGAAAUGGUUUUCCAAAGGGAAAGUUUACCCCCCAAAAAAGCACUCAUUCACUCUCAUUUUAUUCCAAACCAGUCUGACUUACUUCCAUUGAACACAAAAGGAGUUAGGCUUUAUGUUAGGGGCUGACAGCCUUUGUUCCCAUUUACUGUCGUUGUAUGCUACAAAGCUGCAAUGAAAGUGAAGUGAAGUGAUAAGGCUGUAAGUUCUUAACAUUCUGCCUAAUAUUAUUUGUGGUCAGUAGAAGAAAGUCAUACAGGUUUGGAUUCAUACUUCAAACGGAGUUAUACAUUUUCAUUGAAUGAAUAGGAACAGGUAAAUAUCAGAGCUUAAUGCAACAGUCAUCGUGCUGAUUACAUUCAUACACUAUUUCUGUCUUUAAUUUCUCUAACACGUGAAAUUGAACCUGUUUUCAAGCUCUCCUCAACUCCACGACACAAUGUACACAAACACAUUUAAAAUGUCUAUCUUAUUUUAUUACUUUGUUUGUUGUAAAUACUGUAAAAUGCAUUUUGAUAUCAUUGACAUGUUUUAUAUUUCUGUGGGGGGGGUGUAAAGGAAGACCCCAUCUUUGUAGUUAAAGAGUCGCUGUUCUGUCUUUUGACACUCCACUGUACAGAUGUACUAAAUGAAUCAUGCAAAUGUAAAGAUUUUGUCAGCCUUUACUUAGUAAAUGAUUUCUGAAAGCUCAUGUUUGGGAGAACAGGAAAGAUCAGGCGUUUGAACUGGUUGUAUGUUCGGCGUAACCAAGCGCACCUCAAAAACCAGAAUCAUGUGUUGGACGCAUGCGGAGGCCCAAAACCUCACGAUACAUUUAGUGUCCUCACUUUGCACUUUGCAGAUAGCAGCCCACCUAUUAACACAUGUCCUAUAUUAAAAUACAUUAACACAGGAAGUUGUCUCUUUACAUACAAAAGGGACCACACAUUGCAAACUUUACUAUGAAGGAUAAGAUUUUUAUCUAUUUAAAGUAAAAAACACACUCAAAAAAGGUUUAAAAAAUAACGGAGUACGGAUUAAAAAAAAAAAAAAAAGGAAAAGAGUGGAGGGAGUUGUCCUUCCUGUUAUCUUGAUAUAGUGUUUUAUAGAUUGCAGUCUCUCCUCAGCCAGUCCUCUGUAUGUAAACCACUCAUGUUGUUUGCCAUCUCUGUAAUUCUAUUGUGACGCUGUACAAUACUGUAACUUUAGCGAGGAGUUGAGGUGCGGAGGGGCUUUAAAUGUGGGAAUGAUAAAUUCUCCAAAGUUCAUUGUUCUUUCUGACAAAUGAAAAGCAGUAUUGAGUAUAAAGCAGUCUGUCUCCUGGGUUUGCUUUGUAUAUCAUGUUUAGGGUAGUUUGGAUCCUUGUCUUAGGGACUCUUUCUGUCUUGUGUAGUAAAUUAAACCGUUCUUUGUAUGUUUCUUUAUUCUGUAAAGUUUCUUUUAGGUUUAAAAGUUGCUUAAAAAAAAGGAUGGAAAAGUGCAUCAAUAAUGUAUUUCUUUCUUUUCGGUUUCUUUUUAUCAUGGAGUUGUUGCUUAUUUUUUUGCUUGUCCCUUCGUUGUAGAUACAAAUUUAAGACUAAUAAAAUAACAUA